CUAGCAAUUGAAUAAACAGAAUAAUAAAAAUAAUAUAUUCAGAAAUGGAACUCUUGAUUCAAGCUUGGCUGUAUGAAAAGAGACUCUUGUUUAACCUUCCAUAUAUUUGAAGAUGAUUCGUUCAAAAUUGUUUCCUCAUACCAGCUUUCUUCAACUUGGGUAUUGCUUUUUGAGCUAUUUACUACUGUGAUGCUUCCAAAAACUUAUAUGAUUUUAUUGAGGAGUAUAAAUGGUACUUUCUCCUCUCUUGUGUGUCUGCAUUCUUUUGAAUAAGUAUGGUAAUGCAAAAUAAGUUUUCUACAAAAUCAAGUAAACCUCAAAAGGAGAAGAAUAUUUACGUAAAACCAACAUAUUCUGAGUAUAUUGCUCAGAGAAAUUAUGAGCACUCUGAUUUCUUUUGGCUCAGAUGGAAAUUUACGAGAUCAUUACUUGCUCUAUUCUCAUUUAUUGUUUUUACUGUUUUUAGUAUUUGGAGCAUACUCCAUCGCGAACCUUCAUCCAUGCCUCCCAAAUGGAGAGAGUCAUUUUCAGGAAAGCUUAUUGAGUUCCAUUGACUCAUUCUUAAUUUAUGAAUCUUACUAUUACUUCUAUGCUUUUGAAUAUUUGUUAUCAUAAGAUUAACAUGAUUAAUAGUAUUCUUGAAAUUUCCAAAAGUUGCAUUAUUAUUAUGCUUCUGAGGUAAGAAAAGAAGAUCCUAAUUUGGAUACAUUUAAUCAUAAAAAGCAGCAUGAAUCAAAUCAUUACUAAAGCGCUAAGUAAUUAUAAAUACUUUGAAAGACUUGCUAUUUUUAAACGCAUUUUAAAAAUUGAGAAGUAAUUAUUUGGAGAGUUUUAGACUCAAAAGAAUUUUUUAAGAAAUCUACAGAGAUACAUCACGCUCCUAUUUUCCAUCAUUGAAUUAUUAAAAUUUGGGAAGAGUUAAAGUAAAAAUUAAAAUAUUAGAAUAAUACGGGUAGAAUCCAAGAUUAAUAAUUAGUAUCAAGAAAUUCUGAAUAUUACAUCAACAGAAUAUAAUCUUUAUAAUCGUAAUAUAAAAUUCCAAAAAUGAAUAACGAAAUGUUGCACUUUGAGUAUUCAAUAUUGAAUUUGCUUUAUCUAAUAACUUUAAUUC